AUGAGAGUCAACAAGAGCAUGGUGAAUAGUUUCCUGCUAGCGGGGUUUUCUGAUCUGCCAGGUCUGGAGGGUUUCUUCUUCUCUAUUUUCCUAAGCAUCUAUGUUUUGACCCUGAUUGGGAACAUCCUCAUAAUAGCUGUCACACUGGCUAACCAGGCACUCCACAGCCCCAUGUAUUUCUUUCUCAGAAACUUGUCCUGUCUGGAGAUCGUCUGCACCUCAGUCAUUAUUCCCAAGAUACUUGAAAACCUCCUAUCAAAGGACAAAACUAUUUCAUUUGUUGGUUGCGCCUUUCAAAUGAGUGGCUUCCUCAUCACAGGGGCAGCAGAGUGCUUCCUGUUGGCUGCCAUGGCAUAUGACCGCUAUGUUGCCAUUUGCCGGCCCCUGCAUUACACCCUGAUUAUGAGCAGUAGAGUGUGCUUUGGACUGGUUGCAGCUUCAUGGCUAGCUGCCAUUCCAGUGCAACUCGGGCAGACUUUCCUGGUGUUCACCUCUUAUUUCUGUGACUCCAUAGAAAUUAACCACUUCUUCUGUGACUUCCCUGCUGUGGUCAAACUUGUAUGUGGAGAUACAUCUAUAAAUGAGAUGAUGGCUCUGGUUGAGGUAGCUUUACUUGGACUAAUACCCUUUGCAUUGAUCUUCAUGUCAUACAUGUGCAUUGCCUCCACCAUUUUCAAGAUGCCAUCUGUGGAAGGGCGGCAAAAGGCCUUCUCAACAUGCUCCUCACAUCUUAUGGUAGUGAUGCUGUUUUAUGGCUCUGGAAUAACUGUGUAUUUGAAACCUAAAAGUCAUUUUCAUGACACAGACAAAAGCCUUUCACUCUUGUACACUGUCCUGCCACCUUUGUUAAAUCCUCUUAUUUACAGUUUGAGAAACAAGGAAGUCAGAGUUGCUCUCAGAAGUGUAUUUUCCACUCAUCCCUAA